GCGGAAGCAUGACGGUGACAUACAUAUAGUCGUUGGAGCAAACUGGUUUGCUUUCACCUCUCUCCAUCUUUGAUUUUUCAAUAUCCAUUGUUGUUGCUCUGAACUUCCCAGUAAUUCCAGUACUUGGUUGGAUAAAUCCAAUCCAAAAUGGGUAAGCUUAAAUUCUUCUUCUUUCCGAUGAUGGCUCAAGGCCACAUGAUCCCAACUCUGGACAUGGCUAAGCUCUUCUCUUCCCAUGGCGUUGAUGCCACCAUAAUCACCACCCCUCUCAACGCCCCUCACUUCACCAGAUCAAUCCAAAGAACCCAUCACUCCUCAAUCUCUGUCCUCACCAUCAAAUUCCCUGCUGCCGAGGCCGGCUUGCCCGAAGGUUGCGAGAGCAUCGAUCAAAUCUCUUCCCCCGACAUGGUUCCCAUCUUCUUCAGGGCCACCGACAUGCUCCAAGACCCGCUCGAGCGACUCCUCCAAGACUCCCGGCCCGAUUGCCUCGUCGCAGACAUGUUCUUCCCCUGGGCCAGUCAUGUCGCAGCCAAGUUCAAUAUUCCAAGACUGGUUUUCCAUGGGACUAGCUUCUUCGCCAUGUGCGCUUUGCAGACUCUGAGGCUUUACAAGCCUCAGAGGACUGUGUCGUCCGACGAUGAACCCUUUGUUUUGCCUAAUCUUCCUCACAAAAUAAUGUUAACUAGAUUGCAGCUGCCCGAGAAUGAUCGACACGGUACAGAGACGGAUUGGACGAGGUUUCUGAGGAAAGCGGAAGAGGCAGAGCUAUCAAGCUAUGGAAUUGUAGUCAACAGUUUCUACGAGCUCGAACCGGACUAUGCCGAUCAUUACAGGAACGUCUUGGGAAGAAAAGCCUGGCAUAUUGGCCCUGUUUCGCUAUUCAAUCGGGAGGUAGAAGACAAAGCACAUAGAGGUAAAGAAUCAGCGAUUGAGGAACUCGAGUGCUUGAAAUGGCUCGAUUCCAAGAAACCCAAUUCUGUGAUUUAUGUAUGUUUUGGUAGUAUGACCGAUUUUACUGUUUCUCAGUUGUAUGAGAUUGCGAUGGGGGUUGAAGCUUCCGGGCAACAAUUCAUCUGGGUUGUGAGGAAAGGCAAGAACGAAGAUGAAGAAAACGAUGAGAAGUGGUUGCCAGAGGGGUUUGAGGAGAGAAUUAAGGACAAGGGACUAAUCAUAAGGGGUUGGGCACCACAAGUUUUGAUUCUUGAUCAUGAAUCGAUUGGGGGUUUUGUGACUCACUGCGGGUGGAAUUCGAUCCUGGAAGGUGUUUGUGCCGGUGUCCCAAUGGUAACUUGGCCGGUUUUUGCCGAGCAAUUCUAUAAUGAGAAGUUGGUGACUGAGAUUUUGAGAAUUGGGAUUGGUGUUGGUGCUCGGCAAUGGCAGAUGAGAGUAGGAAGUGACUGUAUCAAGAGAGAAGCGAUAGCAGAGGCGGUGAAGCGGGUUAUGGAAGCAGGGGAAGAGGCAGAGGGAAUAAGAAGCCGAGCCAGGGCACUUAAAGAUAUGGCGAAGAAGGCUGUUGAGGAAGGUGGAUCGUCUUACGCUGAUCUGAAAACUCUAAUACAAGAAUUGAGUUCAUAAUCGUGCUAAAAAGGUACUCAAACAAAACCAGAUUGGCUUUGGAUGAAACGUGUGAUUUGUAUUUGUUGUUCUUGUUAUAGUUUUUGUCAACCGUGUUGUUAAAUUGUUAGGUUAUGAAUUUAACCAAGAAAUUUGUUUGUCUAGUUCUAAUGGUAAAAAGGCUCCAACUACAAAGCAGUCAAAUCGAGAGAUGAGAAAAGAAAAUAAAUUAUUAUGAUUUAUCGCAUUUUUAUUUA